AUGGCUACUGUGAAGCUGAAAGAAAGCUGCAUUGAAUAUUACUUUGACCAAGAUGAUAAACUUGAGAAAAUAAGAAAUGCGCCUGAAUUAAAUGAAAUUAUCAAGAAUAGGAAAAAAAAAACGAACGAGACAUCUAUUGAGAUCCUACGUUGCGAAAUUGGAAGCGGCGAUUUUGGGACUAGCAAUGUCAUAGUUCCGGUUCGUUUGCAAUAUCAUGAGAUAGGUGCUGAACGAUUUAUCGUGGUAUCUGCCAAUUCAACCCCUCUGAUUAAAUGUAAUGUAACCAAGAGCGCUGAAAAAAUCGACUUGCCACUCAAAGUAUUGACUCAAAAGUAUUUGGAGGCUGAUAUAAAGCAUAGCAAUGCUGCCUUGCGAAAAGAGCAGAUUUCUGUGGCAGGUAAGCGCAAGAGGAGGAAAAUUGUAAUAAAUCCUACAAGAAUUCAGCAUAAAUACAAAGAGUUGGAAUGUACAGAAGCCAUAUUGUCGUAUGCUUUUACGGGCAAUUGGAUGAUCUCAUUUUCCAUAAAUUUGAAUUAUGUCCCAAAUUCAACGAAUAAUUUCUCUUCCGAGACGAACGAACUACUGGACUCGUUGUUUUCUGCGCGGGAUCGUAGUCAUUUUGUUAAGCACGAAAUCACACACUACUAUGUUCAACGUCAGUUCAAUCAUCAAACGUCCAAGUACACAAAGGAGCUCGCAAUUCCAAGCGUGGAAGGUAUGAAAAGGCCUGAUUUGAACUUAGAAUUACUCCCUUUCCAGAAGGAAUCUGUUCAAUGGAUGCUUACUAAAGAAGGUGUCGUGCGGGGGAAUCUUGAUUUCGAGGGGAUUUUGGAUCUACAAAACGUACGCGAGAUUCUCAAUAAGUAUAUCUCUUUUGGAUAUGAAGUUAUGAGGCUAUCCAGUGAAACCUUGUUUUGGAACAAAUUCACUGGAAUUAUACUAACUGAGAGAGAAGCGAGGAAAAUAUGUCAACAACUCAAACACAAGGAAGCUCAUGCAAAAGGAGUAUUAUCGGAGGAGAUGGGACUCGGAAAAACGAUAGAGAUUUUGGCUUUGGUUUUACUAAACAAAAGAGUACUCUCCGGAGAUGUUACAUAUCUAUCAGAAGCCAACAAACUGAUUACGAAAGUGGCUACAAAUCUUAUAAUAUGCCCUGAUAGUAUUUUGAGACAGUGGGUGGAUGAAAUUUACGCCCACGCCAAGGAGAGCAGCAUUAUGGUUUUUCAUUACAAAGGAUUUCAGGCCGUUAAAAAGUUUUUUGAUACCGAUAACAUCCGUGAAAUUGUUGAAAGCCUUGCAAAGUUUGACAUCAUUAUAUGCUCUUACACUACUGUUUCUGCUGAAGUUCAUUACGCUGAGUUUAAUGCUUCAUCGAGACAUCGGCGAGGGACAGCGCCUAAGUAUGAUUAUUCGUCUCCGCUUUCACUGAUGCAAUUUUUUAGGAUUAUUCUAGAUGAAGUUCAAAUGCUGAAAGGUGAGAGCACGAAUGCAGCCAGAUGCACUAGUCUUUUACAUCGAGUACACACAUGGGGCGUAUCAGGCACACCAAUCUAUAGCAUCACGGAUUUUAAAACGGUCCUUUCAUAUCUGCAAUUCCAUCCUUUUCAAGAUUUUCCAAAGAUAGUAGAUACGGUAAGAAAGAAUAUAACAAAACAGGUCAAAUCUAAUCUCGGUGAUUUGACAAACGACCUUUCGAGCAGCAGUCUCGUAAACGGAAUCAAAUUUGAUGCCAACGACCUCAUGGAUAUUUUUCCUCGUUUUGACCUUUGCAUCAGACACUCCAAAGCAGAUGUCACCGAUCAGAUUAGAAUUCCACCGCAGCAUAAUUACAUUGUCCCUCUUGAAUUCCUGCCAAUAGAGCAAGACAAUUAUAUGAACUUAUGGUCAUCCUUCCUUGAAGCUUCUGGUUUCGGAAGAGAAGGUCAAGGUCAAACAUAUUUAGCGGCCAAGGAAUUAAAUUACUGGUUGAGCAUACUAAGAAAAACGUGCUGCCACGCUUUGAUGCCUAAAGCGUCCUCCAAACAGGAGGGAGAACAGGACUUCAUUGCUGUGCAAACGAUUGAUGCCAUAUUAAAGACUUUAACAGAUGAAAUAUAUGAUAAAAUCGAUGGUCUGCAUAGAGAAAACUUUACUUUAAGAAUUCAAUCUGCUCAAGUGGCAAUGGAAUUGGAAAACAAACCUGCGACAGCAGUUGAAAUCUUGAAUAAGACUAAAGAUGAGCUCUCCAAUGACUUAAAGAAUAAAUUUAACAUUCAAGAUCCCUUCAAAAUGGUACGAGCUGAUAUUGAAGGCGACAAAGACGAUCCACAAGUCCCGCGAGCCAAGCUGUAUCUUGAUUUACUUCACCAGUGUUAUUUUUUCGUUGCUACAGCUUAUUAUUUCCUAGGUUCGAAGAAGCUCGAAUUGGUAGAUGAGAUGAAUGAAAAAAUGGCUUUGAAAGAAAUCGAACACAAGCCCAAGGCAUUCACUGAUGUAUAUACAGAGAAUCAAAUGCGGGAGAUCGAAAAAUAUCAGAAUCUAGAGCAAGAAAACUAUGCUGCUGCAGAGUCCUUGAGGAAGGAAAUACUGUCUGAUCGAAUUGAAAAAGUAAACAUGGAGAUAUUAGCUGUUAAGAAUGCAUUUUCAAAGACAGAAAAUCCUGAUGUAAACUGUGUUCUGAAGAAAAUAGAUGAUUUGCAAGAUCAGGAUUAUUCCAACAAUAUGAAUGUGGCUAUGUGUUUCAAGCAAUUAAAUUCACUGUUCAACAAUUUGAAUAUACAAGCCGAUCAGUUUAAUGACCUGUUGGAAAAGCUACGAAGUCUCGCAUAUAAACCCAUAAUAAGAGAAUAUGAUGAAGAAAACCAAGAUGAAAAGGCUCUCGAAUAUGAAAACUCGAUCAACGACCAAGAUAAGAUAUUUGCUAUUCUUGAUUGCUUGAGUAGAAUUCUGGACAAUAGAGAAGAGGUCGCGAUUGCUGAUGAGGAGAUUAAAAUAUCACCGAAUUUAUUCAAAAACACUCAAACUUUCUCUGACUACCAUAUAGGUCUUGUUUCUGAUCUUUGUCUUGUUGAGGGAUUGCCUUUAAGACAAGUAUUUACUGAAUUAAAAAAUGUAAGCAUAGUCAAAAGCUUGACUUCAUCAUCGGAAGCGAAGGAAGAAGGAUUUGAACAAUACCUAUUAGGAUUUGAAAGGGAAAUUCCUCGUGUUAAGAAAGAAAAUAAAAGAUUUAGGGAUUUACUCAAAAAGUACAACGACAUCUACAAUGCCAAGACUGCCUACUUCAGUUACUUGCAAAAAAUUUCAGACUCGCUUGUAUCUCUUGUUCAACUUGAGCCCCAUGCUAGAUCUACCAUACUUCGCAACACAAAAGAUGACAACCAGUUCCAUAAGAAUACGAAGAAGAUAAAUAAUCUUCAGUCCAGAAUAAAGUACUUAGAGACUUUGACGAAGUUGAAGGAGAACAUUGACCACAAGAAAAGAUUUAACUGCACAAUAUGUUUUAGUGAAAUUUACAUGGGUUCCAUUAUAAAGUGUGGUCACUUCUUUUGUAAGAGUUGUAUUCACAGCUGGCUGAAAACGAAAAUGGCAUGCCCAUUAUGCAAGAUGGAAACAACUUUUUCCGAUGUUUAUACUUUCAAGUUUCAAGAUGAGCAAAAUAGCGCUUCAGAUGAGGAAGGGAAUGAUCAGCAAUCCAAAAAAAAUUCAAAUCAAGUUGCUUCGGAUGAGAUGCAUGUAGAGGAUGAUUUAUUUUUGCGCAAAUAUCAAAGAUAUCCUCAUCUCGAGAAAAUUCAUCAGCUUGCAAUAAAAGAGAGCUACGGAACAAAAAUCGAUUUUGUUGUGAAAUUAAUUUUAUAUUUGAAAAUCAAUCAUCAAGAAGGAGAUAAUGAUGAGCCACAUUCGAAACCCCCGCAGAUUAUUAUCUAUUCUCAGUACGCUGACUUUUUAGAAAUCCUUUCCAAAGUGCUUAAUCAUCAUUCAAUCAAACAUGUCAACGCGACCACAUCAGGAAAAAUAUCUACAGCUAUUGAAAAAUACAAAAAGAAUCCCGACAUCACAUGUCUGCUUCUAAACGUUAGAAAGCAGGCGACAGGUCUAACACUUGUGAAUGCCACUCAUGUUUUCAUACUAGAUCCCAUUAUCAAUAGUGGUGAUGAAGCCCAGGCAAUCAACAGAAUACACAGGAUUGGUCAGACACAUGAUACCUAUGUUUGGAAUUUUGUGGUACGUAAUACAGUCGAACAGAAUAUCCUCAAGUAUAAAUGUGUUCUUGAUGAAAAAAAAGCGCAAAGUAGAAAGAAUAAAAAUAAGGUCGAAACAUCAGAUAACACACAAAGCUCACCUAGUGAUGAUAGUGACUCAGAUGACGAUGAGUACGAGUUCAAUAACGUAGGGGACGAAAGCGUAUCCAAAAAGCAUAUUUGGAACUGUUUUUUUCAACAGUAG